CGGAGGGGAGGAGCUGAGGUGGCCGGGGCCCGGCGGGGGUGGCUCUCGCCUCCUCCUGGAAGGAGUCCGAGUCCCAGCCCCGCUGAGGGAGCCCGGCUGGCUGGGGAGGGCAGAGCAGCCUGCGAAGGAGCGGGCGGCCCGCUCGCUGUUCGUCCAGGUGAGGCAUCGGCUGGAGCGGGGCGACCGAGCAAAGACAGACAGACAGACUACUGUGGCUAGGUCCAAGUUUGAAGAAACAUUCCAGGCACAGACUGAAAAAGCACUCAACUACCAACAGUACAUGGGAUUCCAGGGGGCAGAUAGCUGAAGUCACUGGAGCUACGACAACUUGCAUCAGCUGAGGAUCUGCUCCCAAGAAUAAAUGAGACUAUCAGAGCAACCCAGUUUGUGGACCUCAGUGGAGGUUGAACAGUCCCUUUUACUUACACCCUCAAGCCUUCGCCUAGUCUACUAGCAUCACUUGAGCUUCAGCCACCUUGUUAUAAUCCAAGUUGCAGUUUCUGUUGUGCACUGAUGAACCCCACACUCUGUGCUCUCUGGGUAUGAUGAAAAUUAUACUAUGUUGUGUGUUAUCUGCAAAUUUAUGGCUCAGGUCAGUUCACUGUAUUCCCCAGUGGCCUUGUAUAUACUGAAGAUGAGGAAAUUUGGGUAAUUACUGUGAAAAAUAUUUUCAUUAAACAAAAAUCUAAUAAAAUCCAAAUCUGGAUGCCUAAUGCCAUCUCUCAGUAGAUAUCAGUUUUGAAAUAUGUACGUUAUCCAGAAAGAUUUACUUAUAACUUGGUCUGCCUGUUGUCUUUAUGGUCAUGUUAGAAAUCCUCUGAAAGAGAGGAGUUUGUUGUUGCAGCAUGUUGGAUAAGAUGAUACAAAAUUAAUAUCUCCGAAACUGUUGCAUCAUUCUACUGAAGUGGAUGACUUGGGCUGUUAUCACAGUUUUAUAGUUCAACACCUUUUCGGAUGAAUGCGCUUUAAACAAAAUCUAGACUCUUCCUACCUGGAACACCUUUCUAACUUGUAAAGGUUCAUGUUGGGGAGAGGCCUAAAACGCAAGCUGAGUGACUAUGAGGAGAACAUGGCUGGUCUCUCAAGUGCCUUUGAUUCCAGUCGAAAUCUGCCAUAUCCACUUAAGAGGCAGUUAGUGCUGAAUAUGUGCCUCACUAAAUUACAAACUUACAAAACGCUGGUGGAACCAAACUUACACCGUUCUGUGCUCAUAGCCAACACAGUAAGGCAAAUUCAGGAGGAAAUGAGGCAAGAGAGUAGCCAACAGCCAAUUAAUGUAUGUAGUGGCAUUGCUCCCCAUCCUCACAGCUACCCAGGAAUUGAUUCAUCUGGAAUUUCUUUACAUUUGCCUUCAGGUAGCAGCCAGCAAGAGUCUAACUGUUGUAACUCAUGGUCUGCAGAAGGCCCAAUUGAAAAUAGCCUGCUGAUGGUUUCAGAUGAUGACAUGUCAUCUGCCAUUUCAUCUAUUCUGAAGGAUUUGGACUUCAUGGAAGAUAUAAGUCCACCUACUUCUUUGGUUCCAGCUGGAGAUGAUGAGCCGCUGAAGUCUCCAGAGAAAACAUGUCUCAAGCUAGAAGAUGAUAGACAAGAUUUGAAGGGAGCUGAGUGUGUAUUUGGUUCCUUUGAAAUUUCAAAUUCGACCAGUUACUUAAAAGAUUUGGCUAUAGAUGACAUCUUUGAAGAUAUUGACACUUCAAUGUAUGAUUCAGACUUCUGCUCUCCCCUACUAAUGGCACCUAGAUCACCUUCUGCUGCUACAGAAGAAACAUUGAAAACCUUCCCAUCUUGCAAUUCUUCCUCAACAAACAAUAUUCCGAUAUGUAGAACAGAUCUGAGUGAGUUGGACCAUAUCAUGGAAAUUCUUGUUGGAUCUUGAUAUUUAUUUAUUUUUUUUUUAACCAAAGAUACUUUCUGUACUGCCACUUAACAUUGGUUUGAGGAUAAAGCCACUGGGAAAGCUGCAAGGAAUUUCUUUUAAAACAAAACACAGUUGUCCAUGAGUAGUUCUUAAAAUGUCUAUUAUAAAUCAAAAAAAGUGGCAGUUUUUAAAAAUAAUUUAUUUGAUAAAUUGUGCAAUCAUCUUUUUCCUUCUGGGAGUGCGUGUGUGUGUGUGUAGUGACAUAAAGACAUGCACGUAUCCUUACCCGCCACCCCUCACCCCCUUUGAGUAAAUGUUUAUGUGCAAUUUUUAAUUUGUCAGAAGAAUUUACAUACAAAAUGAAUUUCAAAUGUGAAUCCUCUUAUGAAGCCUAGAUUUUAUUUUUAAUAUUAAAAUACUUGCCAAGUUGGCAUACAUUGGAGUUGCAUAUUUGGAUUGUGCAAAUCCAUCAGCAUUACUAGAGAUAUAGGUAUAUUUUAAAAAUAUUAAAACAAAUGUCACUUCCCUUUGGUCGGAAAAGCAGACUCAAGAUACUUGUCAGUGAAGUAUCUUGCAUUUUCUAAAGCAUUCAGAACUAUUUAUUUUUGUAAAUUUUAUAGUCUUUCUACACUUUACUACGUUAUUUCAUCAUAGUACAAAUAUAAUGUAUUUCUAGCUGGAUGUGGCUAGUACUACCUCUAUAAGCUGAAAUGCUUUGACUCUUUCCAGUGCUUUGUCUAAGACUGCAAGUUUUUUUUUUUUUUUUUUCCUUUUUGUUUCUCCAUGGUAUUUUUCUGUUGGAGGAAGGGGGGGCAUUUUUAAUUCAUUAAUUAGAUCCUUUGUUUGACAGUGAUGACCUAGCUGAUUUGUGAAAUUAAGAGUAUUAACUGUUUAAAAUUUCUACAAGUAUUUGCAAAUGUAAUUUAUAUGUAUAAUGUCCAAUUUAACAUUUUCUGUCAGUAUUAUGUGCUUAGAUUUUAAAUAAUCUUGGCAUUCUUUAAAUUAGCAUUUACUGUAAAGAUAGCUUUUUAUUCUGUUUGGAGAACGCCAUAUGUCGUCUUAGUCCUGUUUUCACUACAAAGCUUUUUUUAAUGUGCAAUAUUACUUACAGAUACAUAUUUGCACAGAUGACAUUGUAGAAAGAAAUGCUUUACAUUUAAACUUGUAAAGUAGCACCUUGGGAAAGGUAGCUGAAGAACCAGUGUCUCUGUAUUCUUUUAAGAAAUAAGUUGAGCAUUUCUUAUAGUACCAACAUUUACUGUGUUGAAUACUCCUGAAAUGUUCUUAUAAAUGUGGUGGGUCAUUUCUGAUGACUAAGUACUGUCUUGUGAAAGCUCGAGGGUCAGCUCACUCUGAUGCAGUUGCAGGACUGGAGCCUAAGUGUGCUGAAAAAGUAUGUUUCCAGUACAGAACAGAAGGGUUUGGUGGGUUUUUCUUUAUAUUAUUAGUUGAAGAUGAGGUUUGUAAUGAGAACUGUUGCUCCAUGUGAUAGUGGGAAAUACAUUUUCCCUCAGACUGGGGUUUUUAUUAACCUCUGGAGUGGCUUUCUAAACUGUACAACACUGGUUUUCCCUUAAAACUGUAAAACUGUUUCAGUAUAGCCAUUAACGCUGCAGUACAUUUAGGACAAAAAAGUUUAUAGUGAGUUUUAAAAGCUUCUGUAGUUCAUCUCAGUCUCGCCAUUUCCUAUGUCAUUUCUGUUUUCAGCCAGUAGCAGAAGUUUAGCAGCAAUAAUGUCUCCAUUUUGAAUAAAGAUAAUUUUUGCUUUUUUUUUUAAAAGCAUGAACUCGCUCAUGUUCACUUCAGUGUCUUUUGCUCAGAGCACUGCUUAGAUCUGCCCUAACACCCCUCAAUGUGUUUUUUAAAAGUCUUUGCUUUUGUUCCAUUCUUUAAUUUUUUUUGUGGGUUCAGUAUCUGAAAAGAAUAUGAAGAGCAAGAAAAUGUGCCCUAAGUAUUACAUCUCAAAAACAAGGGGUGAAGUCCUGGUCUUGCAGAACAAUGGGAGUUUUGCUAUUAACUUCAGAUAGGCCAGUAUUUCACCUGGGAUCUUUAGUCUUAAAUAUGCUGCAGCAUUGGUUAUCCUGUGCUAAGAUCUCCAUUUCAAACCAUGUGAGUUCCCCAGUUAAUAGUCUGUACCCCAAAACUGUGCAAACCCAGUUUAGGUCACAUUCUCUCAGCCAUCUGGAUUGUUUGGCAAUUGAAGGGUAUAAAUAUAUGUGCUCAAUGUUAAUGGUUCUAAUAAUUAAUCUAGAUAUUCCGAUGGUAUAAAACAUUCUAAAUCAUUGGAUAAGGGAUUAGUUGGGAAAAUGUAUAAAUAGCUACUGAGAAGAUACAGCUUCAGAAUGUACACAGACUGCAUUGUGUAUAGACUACUCUGGCUUUUCUUCAAUCUCUACUUUUGUAUGUAAAGAGAUGCCUCAAUAAAUCCUUGAAAUAUUACUGUCCUUCUGCACUGUGAUGAAGCAGAAUUGGGUUCAAGAUACUUCUAAUGUUGGUCACAGAAAUAAAAAUUGUAUCUAAUUUCUUGUUUGCAUUUGCAAAUGUGGAAUUUGACAGUGCAGUAAAUAUCACCCUUUUUUUGUUUAGUAUUGCAUUCAUACCAUGUAGCAAAUAGUGUUAACUUUACUAUGUUCCCACCAUAUUCACCACCCUGCUCUGCAGAAACAUAAGAGGUUGGGGGAAUUAACUUCACGUGCAAUUGCUGUAAACUAAUUUCUUAUACACUUUGGUAAUUCAUACAAAUUUGUGAAUACAGUAGAUGACACUUCAUUCACUCUUUCUGUUGGUCAUAUCACUCUUGCCACUAAACUCUAAUUCUUAACUGGUUGCUUAGUAUCCCAGUACCAAAACCAUAAACUGAUAUGUAAUGCAGUGGUGGGUGGUAUGGUAUUUUGUUUAAAAGGAAAGUGUUUCAUUUUAAUUAUGCACAAGUUAAUUUUAAUUCAGUAUAAAAUAAAAUCAGAGACUAGCUAGGGAGGUCUAUUCAGUUGUUUAGGAACAAUUACUUUUCAAUUUAGCCAUAAUUUCAUGAAGUUUCCAGUAUGAGUGUAACAAAUUUACCAGCCUUGCCAGUAUUCAUUGAACUAAUGAAGAUGCAAAAUAAAUGUUUCCCUAGCAGGUUGCUUUUGGGAAUAACAGUUUUAAUAAGAGAACUUGCCUAUCUCUUCACACCCAGACCCCAUCUCUCUCUAAAGCUACAACUUGACAGAAUAGUGGUGGUUGGUUAUGGGAAUUCCUCCCAAGUCAGUGUGCUGGGAAAAGCCUCACUGCUCUUGAUAGUCAAACAUCACUUUCCUACCAGUAUUAAAUGUAGUUUCCCCGUCUACACAAAUGUACAGCAGUUUUCAGUUUAGUUUGCAGGAAACAAGAUGCACUGUUUUUCUUGGUGGAAAUACAGCUGAGAUCAGAGGCUCCCAUCUGUGUAUGGGGACUAAUAGUGCUCUUCACUCAGCAUUCGUGGAAGUUAGCUGUCAUCCAGUGGGAGAACGGACCCCAUUGAUAGGGAAUAUAUCUUUGAAUGAGCUUAUUAGUUUAAAAGUAACAUCUUCAGGGUAACUUCUCUUAUUGGUGAGUUGGGAUAUGUUAGAGUAUGCAGUGCCUUAAAAACGUUGACUGUGUAAGUUGUCUUGCUGAUACAGAAUAUUUCAUAUCAGGGUAAGAAAUAUGGAUAAAAUUGCUUUCGUGUGUGGCCCAGACAUCUAAUCAUGUGUUCUUACCACAAAAGAAAUAACUGCCUUUACACGUUAUGGAAUUUAGUUUAUUAAACAGCUUUAUAAAGCA